AGACUUCUCUCAGUGGAGCUGUGAUCGGUGAAUUAAAGGAAAAUCAAUAUUCUGUCUUGUUCUGUUGUUGUAUCGUGAUUCAAUUAAUUUAAUUUAUCAUCAAAAUGUCUGCUAUUCGUGUUGUCAACCCUAAAGCUGAUGUCGCCCGACACUCUCAAGCCUUAAACAUCAAUAUUAGUGGGGCUCGCGGUCUCCAAGAGGUGAUUAAAUCUAACCUGGGUCCACGAGGAACUAUGAAAAUGCUUGUUUCUGGUUCUGGUGACAUCAAAAUUACCAAAGAUGGAAAUGUUCUCCUGCAUGAAAUGCAAAUCCAACAUCCUACGGCUUCUUUGAUUGCUAAAGCGUCAACAGCCCAAAAUGAUGAAACUGGCGAUGGAACUACUUCUACCGUUUUAAUUAUUGGAGAGCUUCUCAAGCAAGCCGAGAUUCACAUCAGUGAGGGCUCGCACCCAAGAGUCAUUGCAGACGGUUUUGACUUGGCCAAAAAUAAAGCGAUGGAAGUUUUAGAUUCACUUAAGGUUCCGUACAAAGAUGUCGAUAAAAGUCAACUUAUCAGUAUUGCGCAAACAGCAUUAAGAACAAAAGUUCAUAAUCGCAUCGCUGAUAAAUUAGCAGAAAUUUGUGUAGAGGCUGUCCUUUCCAUUAGAAAUGGCAACAAGCCUAUUGAUCUACACAUGGUUGAAAUAAUGGAAAUGCAACAUCGAUCUGAAGAAGAGACAGCUUUAGUUCGUGGUCUGGUUCUAGAUCACGGAGCACGUCAUCCAGAUAUGAAAAAACAUGUAACAAAUGCUCAUAUUUUAACUUGCAAUUGUUCAUUGGAAUACGAAAAAACCACUGUUACUUCUGGAUUUUUCUAUAAGUCUGCUGAAGAAAGGAACAAGUUAGUUGAUUCGGAGAGAAAGUUCAUCGCUGAUCGAUGCCAGAAAAUUAUUGAUUUGAAAAAGAAAGUCUGUAAAGAAGGUGAAAACUUUGUUGUUGUCAACCAGCAAGGUGUUGAUCCUGAUUCAUUGGAUAUGCUUGCCCGUGAAGGCAUCGUUGCUCUUCGAAGAGCUAAGCGCCGAAACAUGGAGCGUUUAACUCUCGCUUGUGGUGGAACUCCAAUGAACUCUCUCGAUGAUUUAACUCCUGAAUGCCUUGGAUUCGCUGGUGUAGUUUACGAACAAGUCAUUGGAGAGGAGAAGUAUACUUUCAUCGAGGACCUGAAAAAUCCUCUAUCCGUUACUAUCCUAAUCAAAGCAACUACCAAACAUACAUUAAGUCAGUUUAAAGAUGCUGUUCACGAUGGCUUACGAGCAAUCAAAAAUACCAUUGAAGAUGGUGCAUUGAUUCCCGGUGCUGGAGCUUUCGAGAUUGCUGCUCAUGAAGCUUUAAUUCAAUACAUGCAAAAUGAAGUCAGAGGCAAGGCAAAAUACGGAGUCCAAGCCUUUGCCGAUGCUCUACUUAUAAUACCCAAAACAUUAGCAGCCAAUGCUGGGUUUGAUGUUCAAGAUGUUAUUGUUAGAUUGACUGAUGAAUAUAAGCGAACUAAAUCCAUGGUUGGAAUCGAUCUCAAGAGUGGUGAAGCAAUUUCACCCGUUGAUUUGGGUAUCUUUGAUAACUAUAGAGUCAAAAAGCAGCUUUUAAACUCUUGCACUUCUAUCUCGUGUAAUCUUCUGCUUGUUGAUGAAAUUAUGCGCGCUGGGUUAACUUCUUUAAAAGGGGACAAAAUUGGCCAAUGAAUAAUUUAACACAUGGAACAAUUUAACCGAUUUUGAUUUUUCUAACGUUAAUAAACUCUUAUUUCUAACAAUUUCA